AUGUGGCUGCUAGGAGGUGGAGCUGCUCGACCGGCUCAGCAGCGCGCGUGCCGAGGCCCUGCAAUCCUGUCAACGCCUGAUGGUGCUAUGCCCUCUGUGCAAGUCAUUACUCACAACUUUUCUACCACGCCACGGAAACGAGGACUAGCGGAAUGGGUAUGGACCCUGACCGGCCAAAAUCGACAAAAUCGUGAGAAGGUGGAUCCAGGAGGCGAGCUGCAGAUCAUGCUGCCGGCUCAGCCCGACAAACCAACAUCGGGAGAGGUGUGCUUGCUUGCUGAGAGCCCGUUCAGAAUCCUGAGGGCAGCAGAGAGUGGCAAUGUGGAGGACUUUAUGCGCCUGUACCUGAGCGAGCCAUCGCGGCUGGCAGUAAGGGACGGUCGUGGCCGCACCGCAGCGCAUCAAGCAGCAGCUAGAAACAAUACCAACAUAUUGCACUUUAUCAAUAACUACGGGGGAGAUUUGAACGCUAAGGACAACUUUGGUAACACCCCUCUGCAUAUCGCUGUUGAAAACAUUGCGUUGGAUGCUAUCGAGUUCUUGCUUCAACAUCGCGUCGAUACCAGCAUUUUGAACGACAAGAGUCAAGGUGCUCUUCAUCUAGCUACUGAGUUGAAUAGGGUUUCAGUCCUUCAAACCUUCGCGAAGUAUAAAGACCAAUUCAACGUAGAGCUUGGUGGCGAGCACGGUCGUACGGCGCUUCACUUUGCUGCGAUACACGACCAUGACAUCUGUGCCAAGAUACUGAUAACAGACUUAGGCGCUGAAUGCAAGAGAGCUUGUAACAACGGGUACUAUCCCAUCCACGAGGCUGCUAAGAACGCGUCCUCGCGGACUAUGGAAGUAUUCCUCCAGUGGGGAGAGUCUAAGGGUUGCACCAGAGAAUCAAUGAUAUCCUUGUACGAUAAUGAGGGCAAUGUGCCCCUGCACUCCGCCGUGCAUGGAGGAGACAUCAAAGCCGUCGAACUUUGCCUGAAAUCCGGAGCAAAGAUAUCUACGCAGCAGUAUGAUCUGUCUACACCAGUCCAUCUGGCUUGUGCUCAGGGUGCCCUUGAGAUAGUGAAGCUCAUGUUUACCAUGCAGCCGACGGAGAAGCUUGCUUGUCUGACAUCCUGCGAUGUACAGAAGAUGACUCCGGUGCAUUGCGCUGCGAUGUUCGACCAUCCUGACAUCGUGAACUAUUUAAUUAGUGAGGGUUCUGACAUCAACCCUCUGGAUAAGGAGCGCAGAUCACCGCUGCUGUUAGCUGCUUCCAGGGCCGGAUGGAGGACUGUGCAAACCCUGAUUCGUCUGGGUGCCGACAUCGAACUCAAGGAUAUAAACUCCAGGAACGUGCUUCAUCUUGUCGUGAUGAACGGAGGCAGACUCGAAGAGUUCGCAGCUACGUGCAAGUCCACGUUACAGAAUCGCUGUGAGAAGAGUCUCGCACAGCUUCUGAAUGAAAAGGACAGCGCUGGCUGCUCACCACUUCACUACGCCAGCCGCGAAGGUCACAUCAGGUCCCUGGAGAACCUCAUUCGUCUUGGUGCUUGUAUCAACUUGAAGAACAACAACAAUGAGAGUCCCUUGCACUUUGCUGCUAGAUAUGGGCGCUACCACACCGCUUGCCAGCUACUUGACUCUGACAAAGGAACGUUCAUCAUCAACGAGAGUGAUGGCGAGGGCCUGACACCGCUCCACAUCGCCUCUCGGGAAGGCCACACGAGAGUCGUGCAUUUACUGCUAAACCGUGGUGCAUUGCUGCACCGAGACCACAAUGGACGCAAUCCAUUGCACCUGGCCGCUAUGUCUGGAUACACUCAGACGAUUGAACUGCUACAUUCCGUACAUUCCCAUCUGCUGGACCAGUCUGAUAAGGAUGGGAACACCCCAUUGCAUCUGGCUACUAUGGAAAACAAGCCUAACUCCAUAGCUCUUCUCCUGUCCAUGGGCUGCCGUCUGAGUUAUAACAACUUGGAUAUGAGCGCUAUUGACUACGCUAUCUACUACAAGUUUCCAGAGGCAGCUCUCGCUAUGGUCACCCAUGAGCACCGGGCUAAGGAGGUGAUGGCGUUGCGUUCUGAUCGUCAUCCUUGCGUGACUCUCGCCCUCAUUGCUUAUAUGCCUCGAGUCUUCGAAGCUGUGCAGGACAAAUGCAUCACUAAGGCUAACUGCAAGAAGGACUCCAAAAGCUUUUAUAUUAAGUAUUCUUUCAAAUUCUACCAACGGUCGAAGCUUGAAGUCGACGCAUUAAGACUGGCCCUUAAUGACCCCAAGUAUCGGCCAGAACCGUUGUGUGUUAUCAACGCUAUGGUUGCUCAUGGAAGGGUGGAGUUGUUAGCCCAUCCAUUGAGUCAGAAAUAUCUGCAAAUGAAAUGGCACAGCUACGGCAAAUACUUUCACCUGGCAAACCUUCUGUUCUACUGCAUCUUCUUGAUCUUUGUAACCGUGUACACGUAUUUACUGAUGGGAAACUCUGAAAAUUAUGGAACGACAAAGAAAGCUGCAAAAUGUAACGUAUCUGACCCCAUGAACUUUGACCGUGAGAACAAAACCGAGAAAAAUAUUGUUUUUAAUCCUGAUUUUGAGUCGAAAGUGGCAAUGUAUACAAGUACGGUGGCUAUAUUAGCGUAUAACGCCAUAUGUUUGAUACGAGAGGCUUACAACGUUAAACAGCAGAAAUGGCAUUAUCUGGUGGACCCGUCCAACUUGGUAUCCUGGCUCCUGUACAUUAGCUCGACUCUAAUGGUUAUCCCGACAAUAUGCAAAUAUUUUGACGAGAUUCAGUUCUCGGCUGCGUCAAUAACCGUAUUUCUGUCAUGGUUUGAGCUGCUUCUGCUACUCCAACGUUUCGAUCAAGUUGGAAUCUACGUUGUCAUGUUCCUCGAAAUACUUCAGACCCUGAUAAAAGUAUUGAUGGUGUUUUCAAUCCUGAUCAUCGCAUUCGGAAUGGCGUUUUAUAUUCUCCUGUCUAAAGGACACCACUUGUCGUUUAAUAGCAUACCCAUGUCUCUCAUGAGGACUUUUGCAAUGAUGCUUGGAGAAUUGGACUUCGUUGGCACUUACGUUCAGCCCUAUUACAAAUCUGAGACAGAUAUUCUGCUGCCGUUCCCAAUGCCUACGUUUUUCAUACUCGGUAUAUUCAUGGUCCUGAUGCCCAUUUUGCUGAUGAACUUGUUGAUCGGUUUGGCUGUAGGAGACAUUGAGAGUGUGAGGCGCAAUGCCCAGUUGAAACGACUGGCCAUGCAGGUCGUUCUUCACACUGAACUGGAACGCAAACUGCCAACCAUACUUCUGGAAAAAGUGGACAAAGAUGAACUGAUUGAAUACCCGAACAACAAAAAAUGCAAGCUCGGCUUCUUGGACUUAAUCCUUCGCAAAUGGUUCUGCAACCCCUUCACUGAUGAUGCUGGCCUUGACUUGGUGCUGGAAAGCAGUGAGGAUUACAUAACUGCUGAACUGGAGAAGCAGAAACGUAAAUUACGUGACAUAUCAAUGGUACUGGAGCAACAGCAUACGCUUGUGCGUCUGAUUGUGCAGAAAAUGGAGAUCAAGACCGAAGCUGAUGAUGUGGACGAAGGCGUUUCUCCCGGUGAUACUCGAGUGAUCCCUCGCUGGAGCUCACCAAGGAUCCGUAAGAAGCUGCGCACUGCUUCUUCUUUCAACAAAGGUGGCUAGACAUCACGAUCAAACCCAUUGCACUAUAGGUAUACUAAAUUUGUAAAGUCUAAGAUCUCACGACAAGGGUUUUGCUCUUAACAAGACCACGGCAAGAAUUUGCUGUUAACAACGACCCAAAAUACAAAUUGACUGAUCCUCCUUUUUCCGCCUUUUCUUGUCAUUUACCAUCAAGAAGAUAACUGCAAAAACCGUGUCAUUGGAUCUUAAACUAUUAUCUAUUAAUCCAUUAUUGUAAGUUACACCUAUGUUCUUAUUUAUUGCUAUUUUAAUAUCCACUGUUUCUAAUACUUCUUGGGUUAGUACUUAAAUAUUUAUGUCCCUAUCUAAAAACUAAACAUUAGCUAAGAAUAAUAUGAUAUCAAAAAUGAAUUAGUGUCUCGAAUUUAUUGUUGUAGUUUCAAAAAGUUUGUUGUAUUACACGUAAGAUUGAAUGUCAGUAGUUCUAAAUGUUAUAAUUAUCAUACGUUAUGGUCGGCAGCUUACACUUACGUCGCCUUUUGCUAAUAACCUGGUUCUAGAAAGAUGGUGACAUUGCGUCAAAAUCAAAAUAUUAUAUCCUGUCCUGUGAUUGGUUGACUGUCUUUUGGUUAACUGAUCAUAGCAGUUGACGUUGAUGAUAGCUAAUUCAGUUGACAAACGUUGCAAAUAGUCAAAUUUCUAUCUAUUUUCUAUUACAAACAAUUAAUGACACUUAUUUUUACUAGCUUGUAUUUU